ACUCGUCCCCUGGUCUUGCAAAUGUCUCGACACAGCAAACUUUGAAAACCAGAGAGAAAACCCUAAAAAUGGAAGCGGAUCAAACGGUUCUUUGUCAAUUGCUUGCCGUCGACCUCAGCGACUAUUGCUACAGAGUUUGUUCUCGCUGCGAGAGAGUCCUCUCUUCUUCUUCCUCGUUAUGCAAAUUCUGCAAAUCAAACGAACCCAAGUUGCUCUACCGUGUCCUCAUGUCUGUAGUGACAGAUACAUCAGUUAAAACCGUCAUCUGUUUUGAUAGAGCUGCGACUGUUCUCUUCGGUUGCUCAGCCGAUGAGUUCUUCCACUUCACCAAACUCAAUCCUAAAGCCUCCGCAUCUAUGGUUAAUCAGGUCUUUGAUGGAGAGAUGUUUCGUAUGACGUUGAGUCGGCCUAAGAACCUUAAUGCACAACACAUGAGAGUGACUUCUGUUGUUCCCCUAAGAUCAGGGUUUCAGCCAGCUAUUGUUACAUUGAGACAGCUCUGCUCCACAAAAUAAUCUUCUUUGGAGGAUUGUUCUACAACAGAUCAUAGUUUCUAAUGUUGGAGCCAAACACUAUCAGGAUGGCUACAAAAAUCACAAGUUGUAGAGCCUUUUUGGGUUUGAUUUUUGUAAGUGAAAUAGUCCGAGUCUUUGUUUGAUCGUUUAGAGUUUUGA